AUCUAUGGAAUUAUGCUAUGUUCUUUGUGGAUUUUCAGAAGGGACAAUGUUACUAUCAUAGUUUCCACGUCUUCCUUAUCUUUGAAUAAGUAAUUAAUUACUAGAUUUUCAUUUUCCAGUUCAUACUUUCUCCAUUUCUUUCUUUUCUUUUUUUCCUAGUCCAACUUGUUUUUUAGAUCAUCUAUAAUCCAAUAAAUUUUAGCAGAAACUCUCUCCUCUUUAAUCAAUAUUAUGUUCUCAACUUAGAGUCUAUACUCCAUAUUCAUGUUUUUUCUUCUAACGGUGAUGUUCAUGAUCUGUGCAACCUCCGACUAUCUCACGGUAUACCUGUUACCUCCUACAUGUAAUAGCCAAAUCUACCCUUCGAUGGGAAAAAAUCUCUGAAAUACUACAACAACUACUACGCUUCAAUCACAAGUAAAUUGGGAUCGAUUGAGUGAAUCCUCAUUGCUCACGCCGCUUCAUUUAAGCUCAUCUUAGUAAUCUUGACAUAGUAGAAAGUAAAGAUCAUUUUUUUUUCUUUGUAAGGAAAUAAGGUGUAGUUUUUCUUGUGCAUGAAGAUUCAAGAAUAUGGAGUUUUGGGUUGUUGUAGCAGCUGCAGGUGCUGGUUAUGUAGCACAGUAUUUGCAAAGUUCAUCAGACAAUAAGGACAACUUACUAGAGCAAAAGCAAUUCCCUAAAAUCUCAACACAUGAACAAUCAGAUAACAAGAAUUUGAUGUACCAAGUGCGUGAAAUGUUUUGUCCAUUUCGAAGAUUAGCUCGAAAAAGAGCUAAAAACGAAGUUUCUGACGAAGGGGUUUUCGGAUUCAGACAUCUUAAUCUUGAUUCAUCAGCAAAUUUUGAAUUUGCGGUCGAAUGCAAACCAGAAGAUUAUACUGGAAGAGAGCAUACAAUUACCAGGAACAAAGUUUCUAGUAGACCAUUCAAUUCAACAGGGCUACCAAAUGGAAUGGCUGUAUUGUAUAUGGGAAUCAUUACUGGUAUGAUGUCUGCUAUUAUUGCAAAUAGGAGAGAGAUAGAAAAGGUGAAUGAAAAGUUAAAGUGGAUCAAGAAUUUAGUUGAAGAGUUACAAGAGAAGCUCACUGUGAAAGAAGUUGCUAAUGAUGGUAAUGAAAAGCCAAAUCUAUAUAGUCUCUCUGUGUCAGAUGUUGAGACAGUGUCAUCUUCUUCUGAAGUUCAAGUUAAUGAAACAACAAGACAAACUAGUGAAAACACAAAUCAUGUGGUAGCAGAGAAUCACGAAUCGAUGAGUGAAAUUGAGGCAGAGCUUGAAGCUGAAUUGGAAAGGUUGGAAAUGAGCAUGAAGUUUGAAAGUAUAUCUGAUUUUGUUGAGCUAGAUUCAGAAGAUGAAGUAGAUGUGGCUCAAGGAGAGUUCAAACUAGAUUACCUCAAUGUGCAGUGUUCUGAUUCAUCAGGCUCAGAAUGGGAUACUAGUGCAACUAGGAUUUAUCAUUCUAAACCUGCCAAUUAUCCUAUUUCCCCGAGGGAACUAAGCUUGCGCCUACACGAGGUAAUAGAAUCCAGGCUAGAAGCUCAAAUCAAGGACCUUGAAACAGCUCUUUACAACAGCCAAAUCAGAGCUUGUUCAUUGGAAGCACAACAUAUUCUAUCUCAAAUGGACUAUGCAUCGAGUGAAUCGGAGUCUUCUGCAUAUUCACAAAGUCCAUAUUAUUAUCAUGAGGCCAAUGAAACUACUUUUGAAAUUGAUAUAAAAAAUGGUUCCUUUUGAUGUAGAAUUGAUUGAUAGACCAGAUGUGGAGGGGAAAUGAUCUUAUUGAUAUUAUGUUAAGCAAGGAGAAUGUGAAAUGGACAACAAAAUGAGGAUAUACUUGACAUAUUUUUGAGAACUUGAUCAAUUGUUGUCUUCCAUUAUUUUUGAUGUUAUAUCUGUAUCUUCUUAUACUCUCUUCAGUAUAGAGACAAAAUGUGCAGUGUACAUACAAAGAUUGAGGAAAUAUGUAUAGAGCAAUAAACAUAUUGGGAAGAGUGUGUUAAUUCAUUUUA